GUCGUUCUGGCCAGGCGGUAGCGGUGCGGGCCAAGGUUUUUGGCUUCAACGUCAUCUUCUAUGACCCCUACCUGCAGGACGGCCUGGAGCGCUCGCUGGGUGUCCAGCGUGUCUACACGCUACAGGACCUGCUCUACCAGAGCGACUGCGUCUCCCUGCACUGCAACCUGAACGAACACAACCACCACCUCAUCAACGACUUCACCAUCAAACAGAUGCGUCAGGGUGCAUUCCUGGUCAAUACCGCGCGAGGUGGCCUGGUGGAUGAGAAGGCCCUGGCCCAGGCAUUGAAGGAGGGCAGGAUACGUGGAGCUGCCUUGGACGUUCACGAGACGGAGCCCUUCACUUUUGCUCAGGGCCCGCUGAAAGACGCUCCGAACCUGAUCUGCACACCGCACACAGCCUGGUACAGCGAGCAAGCCUCUCUGGAGAUGAGGGAGGCAGCCGCCACUGAGAUCCGAAGAGCUAUCACCGGCCGUAUUCCCGACAGCCUAAGAAACUGCGUCAACAAAGAGUUCUUUGUCACCACAGCACCGUGGGCAGUUAUGGAUCAACCAGGUGUUCACCCUGAGCUCAACGGCGCUGCCUACAGAUACCCACCGGGUGUAGUUGGAGUGGCUCCGGGCGGCAUUCCGGGGGCGUUGGAGGGCAUGGUGCCAGGUGGGGUGCCCAUCGCCCACACCCUGCCGUCUGGUACACACCCCUCCCAGGCCCCGUCGCCCAACCAGCCCUCCAAACAUGGCGAGACCAGAGAGCACCUCACCGAGCAAUAGCAGCAGAAGAGAUCCAAACAUCGCAUCCGACCUGUCGACGUUCAGAACUAACCAAUCGCAAAGCAACCGACCAACUGGGACCAAGAGACAGUGAAACAACACAAGCGGCUGCCUGUUAAAUCAGCCAGCAACUGGGAACAAAAGAAGUGUUCCGGGGGAAUUUGUACUUUUAACGUAUUCGUUUUUACUCUGUCUCUUUGGGCUCAGUACUGACUUUACUCUUUGAUGAUGAUGUUUUUUUUUUAAUUUUGUUUUUUUCUUCGGGACAUGCCUAUGAUUGUGGACACAGAGUCCAGUGUUUUUAGCGCUCCGGGAUUACCCAAUGAGACUCUGUCCUGCCCCUCCCCCUACACCUCAGAGCUCAUGGGAAACGUAAGUCCACAUCUCAACACACCAAUGGGUGAACGAGAGAAUAAAACUUUGGCAUCAUGUGCUACUGGACCUUAUUUCCCCUCCAACUCCCUCCUGAUCCUCCCCACCUCUCCUCUAACCAGCUCCAACCCUCCUUAUGUAACUAAUGUGUGUUGUUUAGGCCCCUCAUUAUGCCUCAGAAGAGAAUUAUUAAUUUUUUCUUUCAAUCUUCAGUGUGAAUGACUUAAAAUGGAUUAUUGACUUAUAUAUAUUUAUCAUUUGUCAAAUGAAAGGAAAAGAUUGCUCAUCAGUUAUAGUAAUCUAGAGUGGGUUUUAACCCUUUCCUGGCAAUAAUACAUAGAGUAUGACGGCUGUCACAGUUGCAGUUACAGGAUUUCACCACAUGAGGGCACCUCUACACAGUGCAAGGGAUUUCUGCACCUGUGAUCAAAGAAACCUUUAGUUGCUCCUAUAUGUUUCGAGUGAAUGUUUUUCUAAGCUGUCAGCAGUUAACACUAAACAAAACAUUCUAACUUUAUACAUUUUGAUUGUAGCAGAAUUUUGAGAUUAUAUGGAUUUAGAGGGAGCUGCUAGAUAAGUUUUUAACUUCGAGUUGGUGAUGUGUCAGUGACUGAGAGGAAAAACAUUUUAUAAUCGUAAAAAAAAAUAUAUAUAUAUUACUGAAGUUGGUGUAACGACAUCUGAUUCUUCUGUUGACAAAUGGACAUUUCUGAUAACCAAUGGACGACCAAUCUUAUUAGUGGCAGCAGCGCACAGAUUGUGACACCCCCCCCCCCCCCCCCCCCUUCUUUGAGCACAUUUCUCACUAAAGACAGGAAAGGGUUAAAUCAAACUUAAUUUCUUAAUGACUCAGGAAAACACUUUUUUGCAGAUAUUGUUUAUUCCCAGAAUUUUGUCUUUGAGAAAAAAAACAAUUUAAGACUAAUCUGGUUAGUCUGGAUAUUUUCUCUCCUCCCUCAUUAUCUCCAUUGUGGUAUUUUUAUAUACAAGGCGCAUCCCACGUUUUUGGUGUUUAAAGAGUUUUGAAGAGUCCUGUUAGAUUUGUAUUGCCUAGUUAAAUGUUCCUAUAACCAUAGUCCUAUGUGAUCCACCCUCUCUCUUCUCUCCUUCUUAUAUUUUCUUUGUUCUAUUGAAGGCCAGGUUCUUUGGGGCAUCCUGUACUCUGUAAGAGCAAUAGCAGAAACUCCUACUUAGUGUCCCAACAAUAGCAGAAGAGGCAGCCAGCAGUAUGUUUUUGUUUUUAGUGUGAGUAUUUGUAUUUGUUUCUUGUACAAGGUGAACAUUUAGCAUUCAGUGCAGUUCAAAUAAAAGAUACGAUUCUGAGAACCA